AACCAGUUUAAAAACUACCAACGAUAAAAUCCGAGUAAUUUACAUGUGUACCUUUCUCUCAAUCUGUUUUUAAAGGUUAAAUUAAACUUCACUGUUGUCAUAUUUUUGUACCGUAUUAAGGUUCAUAAUGGUCAAAGUCAGCAAGUCAAAGUAUAUAACAAACCCUGUGUAUUUGAGAGGUGUGUUAAUGGGAGCUAUACUAGCAGUGGGAGCUAAUGCAUGGUUGUAUGCGUUACAAGGAUACCAGAAGAGAAAAGAGGAAGAGGAGCGAUCAGUGAAAACUAUUAAACAGACAUUAUUAAAUACAGCCGAUUCUACCUCGGAAGAAAAAUUGGAAAGAUGCAGUGCAAUAUUGAAAUAUGGCAUAGCAGAAGAUGGUAGAAUGGUACGUUACUAUACCAACCAUGCUUUGGUUUACAAUCAGCAAAUGAGAAUCCCAGUCUGGGUAGCAGAACAUCUUACAAAAGAAAAUUUACAAGGUAAAUCAACUAGAAGGUUUGCAACUUUUAUGCCAGAUCCUGCAGUGGAUGAAGAAUUUACUGCUGAGAACAGCGACUACUGGAAAAGUGGAUGGUCCAGGGGUCAUAUGUCCCCUGCUGGAAAUAACAAAAUUAAUCCGGCAGCCAUGCAGGAUUCAUUUUAUUUGAGUAAUGUAGUACCACAGAACUAUGAGAAUAAUGCCGGAUACUGGAACCGGCUGGAGAUGUACUGUAGAGAUCUAACCAAGAAAUACUCUAACGUUUAUAUAAUCAGUGGACCGGCCAUGAUACCCGAGGAGGAAGAAGAUGGGAAAAAAUAUGUCAAAUAUCAGGUUAUUGGAGAAAAUGAAGUGGCAGUGCCAACACAUUUAUUCAAGGUCAUCAUUGUAGAGGACAAACACGGGGCAACUAAAGCUGUUAGUGCUUUUGUUGUUCCAAACAAACCAAUUGGAUUUGAGCAUCAUUUAAAAGAAUUUGAGGUUGACCUUCCAGGACUGGAGCGGGUGCUGGGUAUAAAAUUAGUAAAAAAUUUGGAUAGAGACAAGGUAGAAAGCCUUUGCAAAGUUGAUGGUUGUAAACUGAUAGGGAAGAAAGAGUUUGAACUUUACUUCAUUGGUAGGAAAUUGGAAAGUGCAAAUACUAGGGAACGUGUUGAGAAAGUGUGGAGCGAAUUAGAGGAAAAGAAAUUAAAACCGGACAGAUAUCUGAAAAAGUUAUAUCAGAAAAAGCUUGAAGAAUUUGAAGAACGUGAAAGAGCCAAAGGUUCUUGAUAGUACUUUAUUAUUUAGACAGUUAAAUUUCAAAAUGCGUGAACUUUUAACAUAUCUCUUGAAGAUAUUUGGAGAACAAGAAACAAACCAAUAAAGCACUACAACUGGUAUGGUGUUCAGAAUGGAAAGUGGUUCGAGUCAUGCAGUAGUCUCAACUUCUGAUUAUGGGCAGCAUCAAAAUAAAUGUCUUUGAAAGGAACUAGUUUUGAAACUAAGUUACUUUUUGUUUUGAAUUUGUUCAGACAAGAUAGAAAUCCUGAAAUAAAAGAGGUUUUUGAAUCAA